GUCCGGCUGGGGCGGGCCGGGCCGGGCCGGGCCGGGCCGGGACUGGACUGGACGGGGCGGGGCUCCGCGGCCCAGAGCGCCCAUGGGGCAUGGAGCAGAGCGGGGCGGCGGCGGUCCGGCGCCUGGACCUGCUGGUGGACCAGGACGACAUCCUGCCCGGAGCCCUAAGCAUCAUCCGCCAGCUCCGACCGCACUGGCCGCCCGGCCGAAUCCAAACCAAGCACUUCACGGACGGCAUCACUAACAAGCUGGUGGGCUGCUACGUGGACGAGGACAUGACGGACACGGUGCUGGUCCGCGUCUACGGCGAGAGGACGGAGCUGCUGGUGGACCGGGAGAACGAGGUCCGCAACUUCCAGCUGCUCUGGGCCCACGGCUGUGCCCCCAAACUCUACUGCACCUUCCAAAACGGGCUGUGCUACGAGUUCCUCAAGGGGACGGCCCUGGGGCCCGAGCACAUCCGCGAACCCGGCAUCUUCAGGUUAAUCGCUCGGGAGAUGGCAAAAAUCCACACGAUCCAUGCGAACGGCAGCUUGCCCAAGCCCAACCUCUGGCACAAGAUGCACAGUUAUUUCAGCCUGGUGAAGGAUGAGAUCAGCUCCAGACUUUCCCAGGGAAUGCCCAGCGUGGAGGUACUGGAGCAGGAGAUGGCCUGGUUGAAAGAGCACCUGUCUCAGCUGGAUUCUCCCAUAGUACUUUGCCACAAUGACCUGCUCUGCAAGAACAUCAUCUACAACGAAACAGAAGGUCAUGUGCGCUUCAUAGACUACGAGUACGCCGACUACAAUUAUCAGGCCUUCGACAUCGGCAACCACUUCAACGAGUUCGCAGGAGUGAACGAGGUGGACUAUAGCCUGUACCCCGGACGGGAGACCCAGAUGCUGUGGCUGCAGCAUUACCUUCAGGCACACAAGCAGCUGAGCAAGGACCAUCCGGGAGAGACGGCGGUGACACCCAGGGAGGUGGAGAGACUCUAUGUGCAAGUCAACCACUUCGCCUUAGCCUCCCACUUUUUCUGGGCGUUUUGGGCUCUCAUCCAGAACCAAUACUCUACCAUAGACUUCGACUUCCUCAGAUACGCGCUGAUCAGAUUCAACCAGUACUUCAAGGCGAAGCCCCUGGUCACUGCCCUGGAAAUGCCAAAGUGACCCUUGGCCACCGCCCAGGGACCUCAGCCCCUCCCUACCUCCGGAGGCCAUCUGCUCCGGCCGGCCCGGACCCGAGGGAUGAGGAGACCGGGGAGGGUGGUGGUGGUGGGAGUGGGAACUGGGUGGGAGGGAGUUGCCAAAUCCCGGGGCCCCCGAUUAAAACCACAGCCCUCGCUCCCCACUGUCUGGUUUCAGACUCCCAGGGAUCAACCGGGUCAUGACAGCGGGCGAGAAAAGGCCGGGUAUAGAGAUGGAGCAGGGGGAUGGGGGAAAGGCAGUGGUGUUGCCAUGGCAACAAAAUGGGACCAAGCACCUUCCCCUGCACUGUCGCCACCUUGGUGACCCUGCCCUGGACCACCGUCACAUCUGGUGGGCCCCAGGCACCUCCUGGACCUCUUUCAGCUCAUGGGGGCAGGGAGCUGGGCACUUUCCCUUUUCCCCCCACUGCCAAAGCCAUCUCUGCCUGAAGGGGCCGUGCCGUGGGCGGCUCCUCGCAUGACCUGGCUAGCCAGCUGCCCAUCUCCAACACAGCUAGCAGGGGACACCUCAUGUGUCCUACUGGGGUCUCGCAGCCUGGGGCAGUGGGGGGGUGUCCCCUGCCUCUCUCUGCUGGGUGCCUCUCUCUGCCAAUUCCCCUGCCUCCCACCUCCGACCCAUCCCCUCUUCCUCCUCCCACCAGGGAUUAAAUCUCUGCCUACAGACAGGGUCCCUGCAGUUUUGUACCCCCGCCUGGCAGGUGGCUACUGGUGGCCCUGGGGGGCUGGGGCUGGGUGGUGGAAGGGGCUCUCAGUUCAGUUUGGAAGCCAGGAGGCUUAGGGCACACACCCCCAGGCCCCGACCGGUGGAGGAGAGUUCUACAGAACCCCAGAUGCACCCUUCUACUGCAUCCCACCCUUCCUCCCAGGACACCCUUGGGCUCCCUCUUCCCCCAAGUCUCCUACCUCACCUUGCAAAGCUCUUGCACUGGAAUUAGCUGUGGCCAGGGGCCAGGGGAGAGGGGGGCCCCAGAGGAGAGGGGUCGCCGGGGAGCUGGGCCUCAGCAGAGCUAGGCCCCGGAGGGAGGGGAAGCUGCCUUAAAUCACUGGGUUUCUUUACCAGUUCCCUAGCCCUCGGGGACUGCGGACGGCACUUGCUUCUCAGCCCCUCCUGGGCCUCGGGGUCUCCCUCCUUCCCAAGCACAGAAAUUGUGAGAUUCGUUUGUAAAUGAUCCAGUUUGUUCUUCAUUAAAAUGGCCGUUCCGGGCCCGUGCUGGUAAGCCUC